GAGUGGAAUUUACUAAAAGUCUUCUCCAAAUUCCACACUCCCUCAUUCAUUUCUGUGUCUUCCUUCUUCUCUUCCUCAUCCCAAUCACAAAACCCUUCACGAAUCAUGGCUUCGCAUCGCAACAUUUCACCAAUUUCACUCGGCAUUCUCAUCAUCGUGAUUUUCUCUCUCUGCUUCGCAAAUUCAUCAAACGAAGAACGAACAAGCGAGCUUCUUUCCCUUUCAUCAAGAUCCGAUUCAGGAAUAAUCCAUCUCAACGACCAAUCCAUCUCUCGUUACUUAACUUCCAUCAAAACCCCACGACCCUAUUCUCUUCUCAUCUUCUUCGACGCUACUCAACUUCAUGACAAAUCUGAACUCAAACUCACCGAACUUCACAAAGAAUUCUCCAUCGUCGCUUCUUCAUUCAUUACCAACAACGCUAACUCUUCAUCUCUUUCAAAACUCUUCUUUUGUGAAAUCGAAUUCAAAGAAUCGCAGCUCAGUUUCUCUCAAUUCGGUGUUAACGCUCUUCCUCAUAUUCGUCUCGUGGGUCCUAAUCAUGGGUUGAAGGAUUCUGAACAUAUGGAUCAAGGGGAUUUCUCUAGACUUGCUGAAUCUAUGGCGGAAUUCGUGGAAGUGAAAACGAAACUCUCUGUGGGACCAAUUCAUCGUCCUCCGAUUUUGUCUAGAAACAAAAUUAUUCUCAUUGUUGUUGUGGUUUUGAUCUGGUUGUCGUUUUUUGUUAAGAAGCUUUUGACUGGGAAAACAUUGUUGCAUGAUCCUAGGGUUUGGUUGGCUGGUUCUGUUUUUGUUUACUUUUUUAGUGUUUCUGGUGCAAUGCAUAACAUUAUAAGGAAAAUGCCUAUGUUUCUUCAGGAUCGUAACGAUCCUUCGAAGCUUGUGUUUUUCUAUCAGGGAUCUGGAAUGCAGCUUGGUGCUGAGGGUUUUACUGUUGGAUUCUUGUAUACACUUGUGGGUUUGCUUUUGGCGUUUAUGACUCAUGGUCUUGUUAAGAUCAAGAGUGUUACCGUGCAGAGGGUGGUUAUGAUUUUCGCGCUGUUGGUUUGUUUUCUGGCUGUCAAGCAGGUUGUGUUUUUGGAUAAUUGGAAGACUGGUUAUGGGAUUCAUGGGUUUUGGCCUUCUAGCUGGAACUGAGUUCUGAGGCAUAGCACGGUCUAUUUGAUUUCCUUUCCUCUGAAACUUGAGAAUUUUUGGGUAUGUAAAACUAUGCAUUCCUCCUUAAAUUUAACAACUUUGCCAGAGAUUAUAUGUAGCUUAUGUUAUGUUAUGCUAGAACUUUGCCAGAGAUUAUAUGUAGCUUGUCGUUGCCCUUUUGUGUUAAUGACACAAAUUUGAGCUAGAAUUUGAGUAUUGGAAAAGUUUUAUAAUCUGGGGAGUGCAUUUUGUUUGGAUGUUUUAUGAUUAGUAGUAACUGGAACAUUUUGCGUUUCACUUGUCUGAA